AAUCUCCCCAUUGUGGGAGGGGCAGAGACACAAACUACUGCAGGGAAAUCUCCCCAUUGUGGGAGGGGCAGAGACACAAACUACUGCGGGGAAAUCUCCCCAUUGUGGGAGGGGCAGAGACACAAACUACUGCAGGGAAAUCUCCCCAUUGUGGGAGGGGCAGAGACACAAACUACUGGAGGAAAUCUCCCCAUUGUGGGAGGGGCAGAGACACAAACUACUGCAGGGAAAUCUCCCCAUUGUGGGAGGGGCAGAGAC